AUGUUUCUCCCCGACAAUUUUCGCUUGAGGUUUGUCAAGAGCAGUUUCGACGGUCUUUUGCCUGGCGAUUUUGUCGAAGGUAUCCCAAUCCGUGAGGUCACCUCUAGUAUUCCUCGCAACAUGAAUUCAAAAAACAAGUUUGCAGUUGACAAGAUCGUUGACUUGAAGAGUUGUGAUGUAUUUAUUGACAAUUCUUCGAAAUCAGAUAUCCUGGUUGGCGAUCCUCCCAUAUGGAUUGAAGAUGAUGUGUUGGACCCACAGUUUGAACGUGUUCAUUGCACCAAGAUGAUUAAUGGUGCCGGUCAGCACAGAGGGGUCGGUCGUCUCCUCUACAUUCCCAAAUCCUUGCGUCGUUUCGUUGAUUACGAGAUCGAUUAUAUGGAUUUCUGUCUUUUACGAAUUACAAGUUAG